AGCUACCGCUUCAGAGGAAGCCGCUGCGGAGGAGGAAGAAGAGGAGCUGGGCAAGGCGGGAGUCAGAGGCGGGACCCUCGCCAUGGGUCCGCGGACCUAGAGCGGCGGAAGGUACCUGCCGGGAGCCGAGCUGGCCGCUGCUCCUUCCUGUGGCCCCCAUGGCUGAGGACUGGCUGGACUGCCCAGCCCUGGGCCCCGGCUGGAAGCGCCGUGAGGUCUUUCGCAAGUCAGGUGCCACCUGUGGACGCUCAGACACUUAUUACCAGAGCCCCACAGGAGACAGGAUCCGAAGCAAAGUUGAGCUGACCCGGUACCUGGGCCCUGCAUGCGACCUCACCCUCUUUGACUUCAAACAAGGCAUCCUGUGCUAUCCAGCACCCAAGGCCCAGUCCUCUCAUUCCGUGGCCAUCCCCAGCAGGAAGCGGAAGAAGGCUUCGAGGCCAGCCAAGGCUCGGAAACGUCAGGUUGGACCCCAGAAGAGUGAGGUCAGGAAGGAGGCCCCAGGGGAUGAGACCAAGGCUGAUGCUGACACAGCCCCAGCUUCACUUCCUGCGCCUGGGUGCUGUGAGAACUGUGGAAUCAGCUUCUCAGGGGAUGGUACCCGAAGGCAGCGGCUCAAGACAUUGUGCAAGGACUGCCGAGCACAGAGAAUUGCUUUUAACCGGGAGCAGAGGAAGUUUAAGCGUGUGGGCUGCGGGGAGUGUGCGGCCUGCCAGGUAACGGAAGACUGUGGGGCCUGCUCCACCUGCCUUCUGCAGUUGCCCCAUGAUGUGGCCUCGGGGCUCUUCUGCAAGUGUGAGCGAAGACGGUGCCUCCGGAUUGUGGAAAGGAGCCGAGGGUGUGGAGUAUGCCGGGGCUGUCAGACCCGAGAGGACUGUGGCCGUUGUCGAGUCUGCCUUCGCCCUCCCCGCCCCGGUCUCAGGCGCCAGUGGAGGUGCGUCCAGCGGCGUUGCCUGCGGCACCUUGCCCACCGUCUCCGUCGUCACCAUCAGCGAUGUCAACGACGCCCUCCCCUAGCUGUGGCUCCCCCUGCUGGUAAACAUGGCCGCCGCAGGGGAGGCUGCGACGCUAAGGUGGCUCCCCGGCGGCGCCCCCGAGCCCAGCCACCGCCUCCACCUCCCCCGUCACAGCCUCCAGAGUCUCCAGAGCCGCAGCCUUACACAAACCGCCGGCAGAACCGCAAGUGUGGAGCCUGUGCAGCUUGCCUGCGGCGCAUGGACUGUGGCCAUUGCGACUUCUGCUGUGACAAGCCCAAAUUUGGGGGCAGCAACCAGAAGCGCCAGAAGUGUCGUUGGCGCCAGUGCCUGCAGUUUGCUAUGAAGCGGCUCCUGCCAAGUGUCUGGGCAGAGUCCGAGGAUGGGGCAGGGCCGCCCCCGCCGUACCCUCGUCGAAAGAGGCCUGGCUCUACUCGAAGGCCCUGUUUGGGUCAAACCUUGAAGCCUCCCUUGGUCACACCCACAGCCCGACCAGACCAUGCCCAGACUCCAGUGAAGCAGGAAGCAGGCAGUGGUUUUGUGCUGCCCCCACCUGGCACCGACCUUGUGUUCUUACGGGAGGGUGCAAGCAGUCCUGUGCAGGUGCCUGGCCCGGCCCCAGCUUCCACAGAAGCUCUGUUGCAGGAGGCCCAGUGCCCUGGCCUGAGUUGGGUUGUGGCCUUACCCCAGGUGAAGCAAGAGAAGGCGGAUGCCCUGGAAGACUGGACACCGGGCACAGCCAUCCUGACUUCUCCUGUAUUGCUGCCUGGCUGCCCCAGCAAGGCAGUAGACCCAGGCCUGCCACCUGUGAAGCAAGAGCCACCUGACCCUGAGGAGGACAAGGAGGAGGAGAACAAAGAUGACUCUGCCUCUGAAUUGGCCCCAGAGGAGGAGGCAGGAGGGGCUGGCACACCCGUGAUCACGGAGAUUUUCAGCCUGGGUGGAACCCGCCUCCGGGACACAGCAAUCUGGUUGCCAAGACCGAUUACAGGAUAUAAAUAGCAAAAUCAAUUGGAUGUAAAUAGAUCUUCGACUUCACUUCGGGUUAAGGAGGCUUUUUUCUGCUGUUUGAUGAACCCUAGAGGGAGAGAGGUCGGCGGGAGGCGGGGUGAGGACUGCGCAGACUCAGCUCUUCCACUCCAAGAGGAAGUCGCGAGUGCCGGCGUCUGUGGUCACCAUGGUGACGGGACCAACUUCCGCCUCACCUGCCCCUAGUUCCUCGAGGCGCACCAUGGCAACCAGACCUCUGCGUCGCGGAAGAUUGUAUCACAGAUCGCCGUGGUUGGGGAACUGCGGCGGACGCCGCCCCCGCCCCGAGGGGACUCGAAAAUGUACAGCCAGCGGUUUGGCAUCGUACAGCGGGAGGUUAAGGGCCCCACUCCCAAGGUGGUGAUCGUGGUAAGCAUGGGAUGUGUGUGCGGGACCCUACCGCUUUCUGCAUCUCCCCCAACUUGGCCCGGCCCAGCCUAUCCUGGCUCCCAGCGGAGGCUGUCUCAAGGGAAGUAGGUGCCUGCCUGAUGCAGCAGCUUGAAUUUUGAAAGAGGGAAGGAUAAGGUCUCUUGCCUAGCUCUCGUAUUCCGUCCCUCACCCCCACCCCCGCGUCAGUUGUAACAUUUGGUUUCUGUAUUUGGUGAAUCACCACUUAAGAUAUUGAGGGUUUUCAGUCUUCCAAGACUCCUGAAAGAGGUCAUCCCCUUGCGAUGCGGAGUAUGUGUCAAGGAAAGGACGCUAGGUCAGGCUGCAGGAAAUCUAGGCGCUGGGCCGGCAGUGAUUCAGCUGUAUGAUCUUGGGCUAGUGCCGCACCCCUAGGAAAAUCGUCAGUGGAAGGGGAAUUGGGCUGUGAGAGGUUGUGAGUGGCUAUAGAGCCCUUUCUUUGCUGACUUAACCAUAACAGAAGGAUCUCUGCAGGCCUGGAAAUAGGAGGUUGGUUGCCUUUAAGGCUGGGGUGGUGGUAGGCCAGGGGAAUGCUGCUCGUUGCAGAAUUUGAUGGGUCCUGCUCAGAACCCCAGACACUUAGUCCAUGCUCCUGCAUUCCUUUGUUUCUACAAGCUAGAAAACCUCCAUGUGUAGUCAGGCAGUUAUACAGGUAUUACUUGAGCCCCUGCUGUGUGCACCACUGUGGAAGAUACAGGAGUGAAUACAGUGAUCCUUCUUUAGAAGUCUGAUCCCUGCCUUCAAGUUGCUUAUCAUCUAAUUGCAGAAACAACUUACUCAUGCAUAAAACCACUAAAGGUUAACACAGUAGAUAAUGAUGUGCUAUAUUGUCUGUAUUGGUGUUUUAUGGAAGAAAAAUCAGGGAUAAUGAAGGAUACAGUUUUAUUAUGUUCCAUAGUACACAUAGCAGUUCUCAGUCAGUUUAUAGACGUCCCUCUUCUCUAGGUCCAAGGACUAUAGGAUCUGGGGCUGGAAAUCAGUGGACUGGAGCCUUUUAGAACUCUAGUCUGUAGGGUUCAAGGUGGUCAUUACAGACAGGCUUUAUGAGGGACAGAAAAAGAUGUUCUUUGGGUUCUGUAUCCAAACACAGUGUUCACGGCCUGGGCUAUUGGUUAGGUGCUAUUGCUUUUCCUGGGAACCAAUAAGGAUUUCCCUUCUACCAAAUUACCAGCAAACCAGAGAAGCAGGCCUAUUGAAUACUUCGGGUUUAUAGAAGAAUAAAGAAGAAAAGGAAAAGGUCAGAGCUGGUGUAUAUCAGAUGUCAGAGUGUGAUAAGAAGUGUGGAUGUUAGAGGUUGCAGAAUUGUGGUGGGAGAAGAAUUAAAGCCACCAGAGAUGAGACUUGGAUGCUAUUCCUCCAGGAGAAGGUGAUAAAAGAUAUAAUGUCUGAAGUAAUGGAGAAUCGAAAGGAGCAGCUAUUUGGUGAGUGCCUCCUAAGGACCCAAUUAUUUACUUCUCAAAAUAAUUUUUUAGGAGAACAUUUAUUUUGCUCAUUUUGACAGGUGAGAAACCUGAGAAUCAAAGAGAUUAAGUAACAUGCUCAAGACCACACAAUUAGUAUCAGUAGAGGCCAGAAUCAAACCUAGAUUGUAAAAUAUACUUUAAGACAUUAAACUGUAAGCUGUAAUAGUAGAAACUAAUUUGAGAUGUUAUGGUAACAAAAGCCUUCAGUGACCUUGAAAGUACAGGGUAGUUAUUAAACCCUUUGUUUUGAUUUUAGCAUGGUUUGAGAGUUGCAAUGUCCAAUAUGGUGGCCAUUAGCCACAACUAGCUUUUGAGCACUUGAAAUAUGCCUAAAGUUACAUGUUGAGAUGAUAAUAUUUUGGAAUUUUUUGUUAAAUAAAAGUAUAUUAUUAAAAUUAA